AUGGGACCUCGUCUGAUAAUCAACUCAACGGUUGCAAAACUUUUGCAAAUAUCAGACGAUAAUCCGUCACCAUCAGUUUCCCGAUCAUCAGCAUCCGCAGACGUAUCACUGGUGGGCGAAGCCGGACCAUCGAGAAUUAAAGCAGGAUCAGCAGCAUCCGGAGCAGAGCCAUCAACAAGCAAAGGAUCAGCAGGUUCAUCUGGAGUAGGGCCAUCUACUUGUAGUACCUCUGCGAUGACUUCCAAACAGAUGCGAGAAAUUCUUGAAAACAACAGCAAAUUUCGGCGUGUGGUGUAUUCAAAACUGGAUGCCUAUAUUGUACCUUCACACAAAGAGCUUCUAAUGAUGGUUCGAAUCCUAUGCAAAAAUGCGGUUGAAAAACUAGUUAACCAUCACGUAUAUCCCACAUUUGAGGAGAAAAAAGAGCUAGCUAUCAGAAUCAUUGAUACAUUCCCUUUACUGAAAAAUACUAAAGUGGCAGAAAAUGCACCAGAUUACUCCUAUUUCUUCUGGAAGAACGGCGGAAAAAAUCCAGGAGUGGAACAUACUGGUUUAAUUCAGUCGCACCUGAGGAACGCCUGCAAAAAUAUUCUGCCAGAGAAUAAGAAAUUUGUCCAUAAAAGAAAACUGAAUACAGUCAUUAAUGUUUCACCUGAAACAAUUGAAAAAGCCCAAGCUAUUGGCUGUGUCGACCCAGUACCAGUAAACUUCCAUGCCAUUAUGAAAGGUAUGGCUGAGGCACAUGACCUUCUACUGAUGCUUUUGCGGGAGAAAAAGAGAGUGCACGACAUCCUUUCUAUUUUCCCCCAUUUCAAGACAUUUAAUGGUGUUAUGGUAAGCAUAUAUCUGAGAAUAUAUAUUUUAAUGUUCGUUAAUGCUAUUCAAAAUUCACAGAUCCAAAAAGCGUAUGAACGGAUGAAUCCGUGAUGGUGAUUCCUAAGAAAAUAUACACUGUGAAAAAAAUCGUUUUUAACAUUAAAAAAAUAUCAUUUUUGUCACAAAAACUCAAAUAUCUCAAAACUCUAUCUUUUUACCAACGUAUUUUUUUAGAGAAAACGGUCCAUUCUAUUGGCAAUCUACCAUAAAAAUUUGGUGAUGAUAACUAAUAAUCAAAAAAGUUAUGACAAUUCAAACAUUUCACAAUUUUCACAUUUAGUAAUAAAUUUGUUUUAGUGUAAAUUAUUUCGGCCGGAAAUCGCAGUUUGAUGCCAUUGCGUGAGUAAAACAAGUUGUUUUUAUUAUAUAUUAUAUAUACAGGCCCGGAUUAAGGAUUGUGGGAGCCCGGGGCCCAAGCGGAUGUGGAGGCCCUUCUGAGAGAUGAGCAAAAAUGUUUUUCCUUAUUUUCGAACAGUAUUUGAGCAAUAUGAAAAAUAAAGCUAAUGUUAGCAAGCAAAAAAGGCUUUUGUGGGGGCCCCAAAAAAGUGUUUUCCCUCUUCUUCAAGAUAAAUGUUGAAAGCGUGUUUUGCAACGUUAAAAAUAUUGAAAUGGGUAUAGAUGUUGAUGUUGAAGAAUAUUUCAAAGCAUUUUUGAAAAGGGGCGUAAUUAAAUUGUUUAAACAGAUGUCGCUGAUGGUACGGUGGCAUGACUCUCUGCACUUAGCACUUCUGGCAAUUUCUCAGUUGUUGUUGUUUUCGAACUUCCUGCACCCUGCUUUACCGAAGAUAUACAGAUGGCUCGUUUGUCAAAUUCUAGACGGCAGGACGUGCAAAUGCGUAAUUUUGUACACAAUGUGGACAUUUGGGCAUAACCAGUCUCUUUCAGUUUAUCUAUGGUGCUUUCGGUGAGAUUUCGUAACUCUUUUGAACAUUUUUUUUCAUCAAACGGUCUACAAGAGAGCGUUGAGUUGAAGACCUUUGAGAAAGCGACUGUUCAUGUUGUUCGUUAGAUUAUAAUAAACAAAAUCACUUAUUAGUUUUAACUGACUAGUUUGGUGUUGGUGGCUGAAGAAAAAAUUUACUAUACAAUUUUUAAUAUCCAUAGCGGUAGUAUUUUUUUUUGCUUUUUCGUGAGCAGAGCAUUGUCAUGGUAUGUAUACAGAAUCUUGGUUGUGGCUUUCAGAACCAUAAGAGCGCCCAUCGUUUUUCUUUCCGUUUGACGUUUCACACUAGCGCCUUCUGAUGACGAUAUUGCACAACGCAGUGUUUCGUGAAACAUUUCCACCAGGUGAUGGUAGUGUGCACUGGGCGAUGGAUUUUCACUAAAAUUGUUCUAGGCGUUUCGUCUGUUUGUUUGUGGUAUGUACCUCUCAUGCAUUUGUUGUUGUUGAAGUUACUCUUAUUCUUCCGAUCAUAAAGUCUGUUCUCUAAGAGGUAUUUUUUUUGCAGAUAAACAAGGCGUUUACGCGUAUAUAAAACUUUUAUUAUACGGCUCUUGUCUUGAAAAUAAGUUUAAUUUUAUUUUUCUUAAUCAACAGUUUUUCAACACUAUCAAGGGAUUUUUUCACCAGUCACGUACAAUAAAAAGUAUGACACUCUCAAUAUUUUUGAUCACAACACUGGAUCGCGUCUCAGUUUCAAAUAGAUACUGUAGUAAUUAUGAAUAAUCAAACUAAAAUAUCAUGAAAACAACUUGUUUAAUUCAGGCGGUAGCCUUUACCUAGGUGCUGCGAAUAGAAACGGUUUUAUUUUUCAAGCUAGCUAACACACACCAACACACUCCCGGCACACAGCUUGUAAACACGCACGAGCGUUCAAUUUUCUUGCAAACACCUCUCAGCGCAGUUGUCAAACAUGCCGUCGCGACGCUGUUCGGAAAUGGUAAACAUGAUCAAUCCACCAUUAUUCCAGUUUUGUUUUCGUGUGCAAAGUUUAUUAUUUUCCAUUCGCGAUGGAAAUUUUGAUGGAUAGUUAUUACAAAAUUAGCUGAAAAGGGUUCAAAACAAUGUUUAUCCUUCUCCUCGCUUUCCAACGGAUUGACAGCGGCAAAUGGAGAUAUCGUGACUACAGUUUUGAUUAUAUCCGCAGCACCUAGAUAACAAUACUCUUCAAUCAAGCACACAGGUACAACAAGGUUUAACAUAACCUCUAUCUUCAAUGUUUGGCUCCCAAUGUUUGGCUCCCGCAGAGAGAGCAUAUUGAGUCAGUCCGCGAUACUCAGGCCUUUACAAUAAAAUCAGCAUCAAAAUAUAAUUCUCAAAAUAAUUUACACAGAAAAAAAAUUUUUUUUUUGUUGCUAAAUGUAAAAAUUGUGAAAUGUUUGAAAUGUCGUAACUUUUUUGUUUAUCAGUUUACCAUCACCAAAAUUUUAUGGUAGAUAGCUGAUAUAAUUGGGCCAUUUCCCCUAAAAAAUUGACGUUGGUAAAAAGAUAGGGUUUUGAGAUAUUUGAGUUUUUGUGACUAAGAUCAUAUUUUUUUAAAGUAAAAAAAGAAAUUUUUCACAGUGUAUAUUUUCUAAGGAAUCAUCAUUUAGUUAUCUAACUUUGCUGAAAAAUUCAUAACAAUCGAACAAUCCGUUUUUGCUGUACAGCUUUUAGAAUAUUUUUGAACUAUUUUCGCAUACACCCUUUUGAAAAGUUAGUCGUGAGUGAAUAUGAAGGUUUAAUAUCGAAAAAUGGCGAUUUAUAUGAAAUGGAAAAACUGUGCUAAGUUUCAGAUAUUUUUGAAAUGGUCGCUCAGGAUCGACUGACAUGACUCCGUGGAAUUCCUCCUAAGUGAAACGUAAACAUGUUGCAGUUAUCGAACGUCUACUGUACUUGGAAUGUUAUAAGGUCUUUGAGACACUCUUAUGUACAUACAUAAAAAAGAGUUCGAGGCUUAAAAUAGCAGCUUUACUUGUUGAAUGGUCAAAUUAAUUCAAACAUGGAUUGUUUUUUUAUUUUUAAUUGGGGUGGUUGGUAGUAGAUUAAUGAAAAGCUUUUAUAUGAAUAACUACAAUAAUGAGGAGUAGCUAAGCGUUAAGUUCGAUAUUGUGUCGUGGAAUUUCCGACUACUGCACCUCUUUUUCUGAUGUAGGAAUAACAAUUCCAUUCAGAGAUUACAUCCCAGUAAACAUUUUGGUCUGUAUAAUUUGUGUUUUACAGCACCAUAUAAGAACCUUUUCACUCGUAUAAGAUGCACAAAACUGCUAUAUGCGUACCAAAGUGGAGGCCAUAUACAUGCUUUCAACGACUUAUCUUAACUUUUUCUGAUCAGUAAUACGAUGUGUCAAAUUAUCGUUGAAAAGAUAAAAAGCGAGUUCCUUUGAUCAGAAAUACGAUGUCCUAAUUUUAACAUAAAAAGGUGACACCUAGCCUCGAACACAAAACAUCGAGAUCAUCAGUCAUAUAUGAUACCAUUGUACCAACUUCACUUUCUUGAGAAGACAGUAAGAUUUGACUGAUAUAAACUCAACCUAUCUGGCCUAGCUGGUAUGGAGACCCAGUGGAAAAUCUUUUUAAGUCAUUAUGAUUCUGUUCAACACUUCUCUGACUUAAUUUAUUAUAUCAUAAUCUGUCAGUGCAUAAGAUUUGAAGCGAGUUUGAACUGAGCUCAUUACGGCAUUGAUUGUUUACAUUCGCGUAACUGCCACCGCCGCCGGCCGUCGUCGUCAUCGUUGUCGCGGUUAAAAACACUGUAUUUUGCGUAUUUUAACAUCCAAAUAACAACGGUUCUGUUUGCCAGCCCUCAAAAUCAACAGUGCUUCGUUCACAUUGUGCAUCUACUGCGGGUAAGCCACCGGAUGUUGCCAGCACCAUCAAAUACUCGCCGGGAUGCACAAUAGCGUGGGACACAAAAGGACAUUUUACUCCUGUACACUUUUUGAGUUCCAUUUUGGCCCCAUAUCAACUGUGCAAAAUUUCAACUCGAUCGGAGAAACUAUAUUUUAGCGCCAGCCGUUUUAAGUUUUCAUACGAUUUACUAUGGGGAAAAUCACUUUUUCAAAAAAAAAUCGCCACAGGUUGCCCCUUAACCCUUAAAAAUAUAUCGAUGGAUGAUUUCUGUUGGAAAUUUUACGAGGAACAAACUCUCUGAAGACCGCAAAGCGAUCUAAGGCAUGUGAAAAAAGUUAUUGACUGAAAACCGAAUGGUAUGCCUAUGCUGUUUAACAUGUAAGGAAUAACAAUAAAUAAUAAAAUCUCGUCAUUUUAUCGAUCGGGUAAGGCUUAAUAACUUUUUCCACGAAUAUUGCAUUGCUUUGCGGUCUUCGGAGGUCUGAUUCCUCUUGAAGUUAUCUACAGAAAUCAUUCAACGACUUAUUUUUAGCGACCAAUGGGUGACCUCAAGCGAUUUUUCUUUGAAGAAGUAAGUUUUCCCCAUAGUAAAUCGUAUGAAAAACUAAGAAUGGCGGGCGCUAAAAUAUAGUUUCUUCGAUCGAUCUGAAAUUUUGCACAGUUGAUAUGGGACCAAAAUGGAACUUAAAAAGUAUACAGGAGUUGGAGUUUUUCCAUUUUUUAUAUUUUCCCAUAUAAACCGUGUACCAGGCUAAUGCACAACUCUAGAUGAACAGGAACGAAAGUAAGUACGAACCAAAAAUCUGGAAUUGCAGCAGGGAAAUGCAUUCUCUGCCAAGGUGAUAUUCGUUGCAUAGACUUGCUGUUUGUGAAUCGGAGAGAUAUUUUAGCGUACUCGACAAAAAGUAAGUACUGCCGUACCAUGGAACGCAGAGUCAGGUGGUGGUGGGCGAAAUCGAUCGCUACCAAAAACCCCCCAAAGAAAUCGUCUUCUACUGGUAUGUGAAAGAUUACGCACACAUAUGUUGGGCAAUCCCACAAAAGCAAGAUUUCCGUCGGAAUUUUAUAGAUAACAUUAUGACCUCAAUGAUUGUGCUUCUCUAACGCAUUUUUGUAUGGAAGUAGAAUUCUGACCGAGACAAGCUUUCUCAUUACGGUAUGAAGCAGUACGGUAUGAUGACAAUUUUCGCUAAGUCAGAGCGAUUCUUCUCGACACUUCUGGAACCUUUUAUAUGAUUUGUCAAUUUCAUACCACUUUGGAGAUUUUGAAUCGCUCAAUUUAUGGCAUGAAAUAUUUUCGUAAUAGAAUGUCAUUAACGAAUCGUAGUGACAAUUUAUAUACAAUUAAUCCUGUCAUGUUGACGAUUAGAUUGAACAGUUUUAGCGAUUCUGAUGUUUACUGCAAGAAAAUGCGAUUUCCGGUAUACAUUCUAAUACGAUACAUGGUUAUCUGGGAUGAUAGUGAUAAAAUCGAUAAAACAUGAUUAAGGUAAGUCAAGAUUUAUUUGAAGAAACUUGGAAAAUAAUAGACAAAAUUUAUCUUUUGUGGAAAAACACGAUCUUAUGAUUCUGGAACGUUUAUUUCUUUGAUGGAUUGAGCUUGAGCUAACAUUUUGACAUGAAACUACAAAUAUGCUAAAUUUUCUAUAUACGAAAUACAAAUCCUUUCAUCGAUCACAGGCUUGGGCGUGGUAGGACAACAAAAAUGUGUAAAGCUGAUCAGACAACGGCAGUCGUUUGGUUUACACGUGUGUUGCUGUCCGAUCAGUUUUGCAUAUUUUGGUUGCCUUGUUACGCCCACACAUGUGAUCAGAAACGAUUUGUAUUUCUUAUAGGGUAAAAGCCCCCUUCUUCGGCCUAGUACCUAUAUUCAUCUCAUUUUGUCUCAAGGACUAGAGAUGUGCGCCGUCGAGAUUUAUUACUUCACGCCGCCGGAUGUUUUGAUUUUCUAGCACGCCGCCAGCUUAAAACUCACCACGCCGCCGAACUUAGAA